AUGGAAAACAUCAAGGAAAGACGGCGGAAAGCCAAGGCCUCCUCUGCGCAGCCCGAUGGCUUCCCAAGAGUGCCUAGAGGCAUCAACUCCCAACCUCCAUCACAUCAUGGCGGCGCAACGGCCUCUGCCAGGCCUGAGCAUGGUGUGGUUUCUGCGACAAAGGAUCUCUACCGGACGGAAAAGUCCCUCCAGCCGUGGCAGGAGUGGUCGCCCGAGGAGAUCGCCGGCAUCGUAUCCCAGUCAGCUUCCGACAUUGACAAGUACGCUCUGGUGGUUCGCCGCGAGAAGCGAGACGGCGAGUACGGCGAGCCAAUCCUGGCGCUACACUCCAUUGAUGUGCAGAGCCCGUAUCUAAGGGCCAUUCUCCAUCCCGUCUUCAAGGACUACAAGAGCGUCAACACGAACCUCAAAAACCUGCAGUUCACCGCGCCCUUCCUCGAGUUCUUCCACCAGUGGGCCGAGUUUGUCCAAGCGCGGCCGGCGCAGGGAAACGACGAGGACAAGACACCACGAGAGCACUACGAUAUCCUGUUUGAGAUCAUUUACUCGGAGUUGUCGCCGCAUUUCGAUCGAGCGGCCGACUUGCUGAAGAACAAUGUCAUGACGUUCGACUACCUCUGGACACUCUUUGAGCCAGGGAUAGAGGUUCUGUCAAGACACGAGUCUGUGGACCGACUGUGGCUAGUGGAUCGCGGUGAGUAUAAGGAGGCUCGAGAUCAAACUACGUACGAGAUCUCGUGCCGAUACAUCGACACUGAUGGCGACAAGUUUGGCGACAGGACACGGACGUUGGAGAUGCAGGGCUUUGAGGGCAUCAAACCAAUUGAGGAUCUCGAUAUUCUCCCCAGUCACAUCUAUUCAGACAUAGCCCCUGUACGCGCCAUGCUUCAAGAGCGAGGGAGAAAGUUUGAGAUGCUAAGGGGAUGCCACUACAAGGCAUAUUCUGGGCCAUACAUGUUGCUUAGUCCGCCUUCCGGGGUCCCCGAGAGACAGCAUAUGGAACGUGGAAGGGUCAUGAUUGAUAGCAACCCUAAUUCAGCGGUACCUUCAAGGUCGGAGCUGCUACCGCUCUCAAGACCGUCUGAAUUUGCGGAGGCGACAGCCAGUAUCGAAGAUGGUACGGAUCUUCGCAUGCCUGAGCCUCUCUUGAAGGUAAAAGAAAAGGCAAAGCUAGCCAAGAAACGAUUCACUGAAAGGAACCACAAGAACAAGAACUCUGCAGUUCUCUACCCCGACCAGCAUGCAUUGUGUACACCUCUUGUCAAAGGGUAUUGCUUCAAGACCAAGAGCUGGGCUCUGUUCCAAGUCGACAAGUUGACAGAUAUUGCCUGGAACGAUACAGCGUUCGGGCAACUUGUCCUCCCUCAUGAUUACAAGUCAAUCAUAUGGGCGUUUGUAGACGCGCAAAUGUCCCAAACGGACGAUGACUUUGACGACAUCAUUGAAGGAAAAGGCAAGACCAUCUACCUCCCACACGCUACGGAGCCUUGA